AUGGCCGUCCUCGCAUUAACCAGAGGGAAAUCCAUCCUCGACGCCAUCAACCUCAACACCGUCCUCGACCUCGAUACCAUCGUCAACCUCGAUACCAUCGUCAACCUCGAUACCAUCGUCAACCUCGAUACCAUCGUCAACCUCGAUACCAUCGUCAACCUCGAUACCAUCGUCAACCUCGAUACCAUCGUCAACCUCGGCACCAUCGUCAUCUCAACUUACCUUGGCCGCAAUCCACGCUACGAAGUGUCUUCUUCUACUCCCAGAUUUACAGAUCCCAAAGCUCGCAUAGCUCGCACCUCCCUUACCAACGAAACAAGCCUCGCUUCGCGACCCACUACACUCAAGUGCACCCUCGACACUCAAGAUCCUCACUGA